AGAAGAUGUGCGAGCACUGCAAGGCGGUCAGGAGGCGAGGAAAAGUCUACAUCGUGUGCUCAGCCAACAAGAAGCACAAGCAGCGCCAGAGGUUCCACACCCUUGCUCCCUCUGCGCUCUCCCACGAGGAGGCGGAUAUCUCUUUGUCCUCCAUGGCGCCUGGAUCAGCGUCAGCCAUGCUCUCUGAUCCCUCGCCCCUGUCGACUUCCCUGUCAAUGCACUGGCUCAGCCAAGCAGUGAACAUGUGGGGCUCCAACAUCUCGCGGGCUGAGGUGACUGGAGUCUCUGAAACUAGUGGAAACGUUCUCCUCAGAAAAGACGUUCAGUCGCUCAUCUACCUGCCCUCGAGCAAGCACUGAGCUGACAGGUGGGGAGAGAAUCCUCCCAUGCCUUUGCGUCUCAACUAGACUGUGUGGACAGAUUAAGCAGGUGGGAAUACCAGGUGGAUGAUCUUGUUACGACAGACCGAUAGCAUGUUUUAAUAAAAUUCACGCUGUGUGGC